AUGGAAACUCGCUCUCGCCGCUUCAUCGAGGAAAAGGUGCCAAAAUCGAACUACCCUGGGACAAGUUCGUCACUCCCGACAACAAACACUUACUUGGUGUUGGCGGACGCGCUGGACUUUUUGGACGGACUGCUCAAGUUUGACCACCAGGAACGGCUGACGGCCAAGGAGGCGAUGGCCCAUCCGUACUUUCAAAGCGUGCGCGACUACCAUGAGAGCAAGAAGCAACCCGACUACACGUCCAGCCCGUCCGACGCCAGCUCAUAA